UAAAAAAUUGCAUUCAAAUGACGUUCCAGGCACAACGGCAGUCCCGAAAUCCUUCGAGAAUCCAGGUAAAAAUCAAGCUUGGCCAACCAUGUCUAAUGCAAGGAUGAACAGAAGUGGGUGGUAAAACCAAGAUGGAACAUUGGGAGAAACUCGGCGCGGGUGUUUUGGGUUUACUCGUGGCUGUGUGUGCUAUAUUUUUCGUAUUUGACCGACUUUUAAAAUUAAGAAAUGACCAACGGCACCAACAACCCGAUUCUCGAGUCGGGAUUCCGAUGGUGUUCCGCUCGUCAGCCGGGAAAUCUGGGUCGCAAAUCCCCCGUGAAGAUAUGGAACGAUUGAUCUAUGAGGAGUACUCCACGGAACAAUACGAGAUCGUGUUGGCUACUGCAGAAACUUCAGAGAAAGCCGUGGCCAUUUGUGUCUACUUGAGUGACCUGAGGGUGGAGUACUAUUGUCAACGAUUUCCGGAGUGUUGUGUCAAUAAUUCCGAGGAGUUUUCGCUGAGAAAUGUGGUGGGGGCUAUCAAUUUGUGGGGCCCGGGUUGGAAUGGGGCCGAUUCGGUGGCGAUAUUGUGCCAAGAUCGAGAAGUUGUCUUGGCUGUCAACGACGCAAGUGAAAAUCGAAUAAAAAGCAUCUUGGAAAGAUACGCUCAAAAGUUCGAAUAUGGCAUGAACUUUCAGUUGGGUGACAACUUCUUCUGUUCUGAUGUCGAUGGUCAAGAGGUUUGGGAAUCCGCCAAUGCCAUCGCCAAGCGUCUGUUAGACGCCAAGACUGUCGAGGACGAGACCAAAGUGUGGUCCUCAUUUAUUUUGGAACACUGGGAAAGGACCCGCAGGGACGAGAAAUUGCAAGAUCAAUUCCAUUUUGUGCCCCACCCAGGUCCUUUAUCCGAGUUGGAUGAGAAGGAUAUUGCUCCUCUAAUCGACAUUUAGACUGCACGACCUAAUGCCAAUGAAUAAAUAUAUAUUGUUGUUGUGUU